UCUCAAUAAAUCAUAAACAUUGAAAAAAGCAAUUCUGAAUGUGAGUCAUCCUGCAACAAGUAAUCUAAUCGGCAAGACUGUAAUGUAUUCACCCGUUACUAGUGUUUCAAGGUCCUACAUAAAGUUCGGCUUCUUGCAGAGAACCUUUUCUCUUUUCUUACAAGAAACAGCACCUCACUAAUAUUCGAAAUAGAAAGAAAGCAUUUGCGGUUUUUGUGCGCCGAUAAAGAAUUCUGCUUUGCAUGCUUUGCAGGUAUGCUUUGUUUUUUUGGUGUCACAGGGUGCUUGCCGUAGUUGUUGUCGUCAAUGUUUAUUGACUGUCGCAGCUUCUUUUUCUUCAUGAUAUAUUUCUUUGCUGUCAAACGCGACUUUAUUGUCGGCACCGGGUAUAUUAUCAAAUUUUCAUUGAUCCAACAGAAAUUGUUCAUCCACAAACGAAAGAUAAUUUAAACUCAUAUUUAGAAUUUUCUAUCAAAAAGAAGAAUUUAAACAUGAACGUUGCCAAAGCCCUUCGCAUCUUCACUGCUAGUUGACAACAAAAGCGGAUAACGUCGACGACCAUAAUAUUUUCCUAGAGCUUCUACUAUCAACGCAAUAGUAGUCUAUUGAGCAGCGUUGCCUUAGCCGCAACCCGAUAUUCUCUAGGUACUUGCAGACACUUUCCUUUGGCAAGUUACUUUAGCUUGAACUUACAAAACGACACAAUCACCUUUGGGUAGGCGCACAAGUCCCUUCUGAUCUUAAGUUGCAUCAAAUUCAAAUAUAAUCAAAUUCACCGUUUCUCCGCUCUCAUUUCUCCACCGCAGUUCAAACAUUCAAUUAGUUAUCGUAUUGAUCAAUAUCUUUUUCUGAAGACAUACUCUUAUCUAUCAUCUUUUCUACAAUCAUAAUACUAAUUAAUCAUUCCUCCUUUCAACAGAAACCCAAAUAUCCUACCCAUACGACACUUUUCUUAAAUGGAUAUCACCACCGCCCAUACAAUUCCUCUGGCAGAAGCCAGUCAGUUUGAAGAAUGGCUUAAAAUGGCCAUGAAGUGGAAAGUCGGGAAGGUAAACUUUUGCAGCUCUUCUGUGCCAUAAUUUCCGCUAACCACCACUUGGAUCAUAGCAUUAUAGACGGGCAUCCCCUUCAAAAGAAGAAAAGAUCGACGGGAGCAAGGGAGAACUGAUAAGCCUCUCAAUACCAGCAGCUUCUUCCUUGAAGUCAACAUCCUCGUCCUCCUUGAAUUCUUCAGUAUCGGUCCGAUCAGACUCAGUUACAUCUUCUUUGGCCCUUUCGACCUCCGAAGCUCCAUCUUUGACUGCGCCAUUUUUGGCAUCAGAAACAGUAGUUGCACCGCCCGAUCACGAUUUGGCUAUUAAUUCAGACGCUACUACUCCAUGGAUAGCCGACCUCCCUUAUCAUCCUAAAUCGUUGGCACCACGUUCUCCCCCUUCUCCUCCUUCUCCAUCUCCAAAGCCAGAAAGCGGAUUCAAGAACGAGUUCUUCGAGAUCAAAAGUUCCCCAAAGGGCGGUCUAGGUUGUUUCGCAAGAACGGAUAUCGAGUCUGGGACUAUAAUUCAUUCCGAGGAACCUUUGUUCAUAUCUUCGAUUUUACAGAUCUAUCAUAACUUCGAACAAUUGACAGCGAAAAACCAAGCUACUUAUCUGGGGUUACAUUGUUGGCAUGGUCUCGCUAAUCACAAAAUUCUCGCAAUUUUUCAAACCAAUCGGUAUGUUAUUACGUUUACUAGAAAACCUAUUCGGCUCAAUUCAUAUAAAAAAGCGCAUCACUAACUCCCAAACAGUUUCCACAUAAGCGGCGGAAAAGCCGGUAUAUUUCUCAAUUCCUCCCGUUUCAAUCACGCCUGUCCCGGUUUUCGAAACUGCAGCUACAACUACGACAAAGAUAGCAACAGAAUGAUUUUCACAACCACCGACGCGGUAAAAAAGGACCAGGAACUUACAAUCUCGUAUGCGAGUAUUCCCAAUAGUCUCUAUCAAAAUUAUGGAUUUUUUUGUGAUUGUCCUGGAUGUCCUCCUUCGGAUUCUGCAUACAGGGAUUGGAGAAAUGAAGAUAGAGUAAGAAGGAAUGCGGAGCGUGAUGGUGUGAGAAUGGAAAAUUUUGAGCCGGAUUCUUAUUCGCUUAGUGCGGCUUGGGAGAAUGAUGUUUAUAAGUGGUAGGAUGUGUUAGAUGCUAGGUGCUAGGGGCUGGUUAAUUGGGAUUUGGAUUUAUGAGAUGAAGGGAAAGCAUUAUUAUUCGCGAUUGUUGGGUGAGCUUAAGCUUGAGCGGGAGGGGGAAGGGAGUUAGAAAGUUGUUAUUGAACUAUUGUGAUGGAUGGAGGGUGAUGGAGGAUAUGGAGGUAUGCAGUGGAUUUAGCGCAGGGUGGUGGGUUUGUUGGUCUGGUCCGGUCUAGGUCUAGGAGAUAAGGAAGUCCGGGAUUGACGUUAAACUAUAUUACCUAUUGCGAAGGGCGUCAGGGGUAGAAGAUUAAUUAAUUCGUUAUUGCUUGCUUGU